ACAGUCUUUGACAUCAUGCACACCUAAAGUAAUUGUUCCAUUCACGAAAACAUCAUAUACAUUUACUGGUUUAAAACCUUACGUGCAAUACACCAUUGAAAUAUCUGCUGCUACUAAAGCUGGCUAUGGUCCUCGCGCCAACAUAACUCAAAGAACGAGAGAAUCAGUUCCUAAUGGUCCACCGACGAAGUUUCAAAUAUCACGCAUUGAUACCACGAGUAUCACAUCUUCCUGGCUUCCUCCAGAUCCUACAUUACGCAAUGGAAGAAUCAUUAAUUACAAACUCUGCAUUAAGAUUGGCAGUACUUCUCAAGGACCAUGUUUACUUCAAAUUACUACAGGCAACAUCACAGUUUACACUUUUUCGAACUUAAAGCCUUACACCAAGUAUCAUCUUAGAAUUUCAGCUGCAACAAAGAUUGGAUAUGGACCAGCAGCAGUUUUAACAACUAGGACAUUAGAGGCAGAACCAUCGGGUGCACCUCGCAAUUUAAAUGUCGUUUCAUACACCAAAAAUUUUAUCAAAACAACAUGGUCGUCACCUGACAGCUCCCUGCUCAAUGGUAUUUUAACCAAAUAUUCAGUGUGUAUUCGACGACAGUCUUUGACAUCAUGCACACCUAAAGUAAUUGUUCCAUUCACGAAAACAUCAUAUACAUUUACUGGUUUAAAACCUUACGUGCAAUAUACCAUUGAAAUAUCUGCUGCUACUAAAGCUGGCUAUGGUCCUCGCGCCAACAUUACCCAAAGAACGAGAGAAUCAGUUCCUAAUGGUCCACCGACGAAGUUUCAAAUAUCACGCGUUCAUGCCACGAGUAUCACUACUUCCUGGCUUCCUCCAGAUCCUGCAUUACGCAAUGGAAGAAUCAUCAACUACAAACUCUGCAUUAAGAUUGGCAAUACUUCUCAAGGACCCUGUUUACUUCAAGUUACGACAGGCAACAUCACAGUUUACAAUUUUUCGAACUUAAAGCCUUACACCAAGUAUCAUCUUAGAAUUUCAGCAGCAACAAAGAUUGGAUAUGGUUCAGCUGCAGUUUUAACAACUAGGACAUUAGAGGCAGAACCAUCGGGUGCACCUCGCAAUUUAAAUGUCGUUUCAUACACUAAAAAUUUUAUCAAGACAACAUGGUCUUCACCUGACAGCUCCCUGCUCAAUGGUAUUUUAACCAAAUAUUCAGUAUGUAUUCGACAACAGUCUAUGACAUCAUGCACACCUAAAGUAACUGUUCCAUUCACGAAAACAUCAUAUGCAUUUACUGGUUUAAAACCUUACGUGCAAUAUAGCAUUGAAAUAUCUGCUGCUACUAAAGUUGGCUAUGGUCCUCGAGCCAAGAUUACUCAAAGAACGAGAGAAUCAGUUCCUAAUGGUCCUCCUACGAAGUUUCAAAUAUCUGGAGUGGAUGCAACAAAUAUCACUGCUUCCUGGCUUCCGCCAGAUCCUGCAUUACGCAAUGGAAGAAUCAUCAACUACAAACUCUGCAUUAAGAUUGGCAGUACUUCUCAAGGACCCUGUUUACUUCAAAUUACGACAGGCAAUAUCACAGUUUACACUUUUUCGAACUUAAAGCCUAACACCAAGUAUCAACUUAGAAUUUCAGCAGCAACAAAGAUUGGAUAUGGUUCGGCAGCAGUUUUAACAACUAGGACAUUAGAGGCAGAACCAUCGGGUGCACCUCGCAAUUUAAAUGUCGUUUCAUACACUAAAAAUUUUAUCAAGACAACAUGGUCGUCACCUGACAGCUCCCUGCUCAAUGGUAUUUUAACCAAAUACUCAGUUUGCCUUCGACGACAGUCUUUGAAAUCAUGCACACCUAAAGUAAUUGUUCCAUUCACGAAAACAUCAUAUACAUUUACUGGUUUAAAACCUUACGUGCAAUAUACCAUUGAAAUAUCUGCUGGUACUAAAGCUGGCUAUGGUCCUCGUGCCAAGAUUACUCAAAGAACGAGAGAAUCAGUUCCUAAUGGUCCACCCAUAAAGUUUCAAAUAACUCGAGUGGAUAUAACGAAUAUCACAUCUUCCUGGCUUCCUCCAGAUCCUGCAUUACGCAAUGGAAGAAUCAUCAACUACAAACUCUGCAUUAAAAUUGGCAAUACUUCUCAAGGACCCUGUUUACUCCAAGCUACGACAGGCAAUAUCACAGUUUACACUUUUUCGAACUUAAAACCUUACACCAAGUACCAUCUUAGAAUUUCAGCUGCAACAAAGAUUGGAUAUGGCCCAGCAGCAGUUUUAACAACUAGGACAUUAGAGGCAGAACCAUCGGGUGCACCUCGCAAUUUAAAUGUCGUUUCAUACACUAAAAAUUUUAUAAAAGCAACAUGGUCGUCACCUGACAGCUCCCUGCUCAAUGGUAUUUUAACCAAAUAUUCAGUGUGUAUUCGACGACAGUCUUUGACAUCAUGCACAACUAAAGUAACUGUUCCAUUCUCGAAACAUCAUAUACAUUUACUGGUUUAA